UUUAAUGAAUAGGCAAGGCCACAACCUCCAUUCUCCCAGAAAAGAAGAAAUGCUCAUCUGAAAUUCAUCACCUCUCUGGAGUCUUCAAACUGACCAAGCACUGAAAAGAGCAUAAGAAAACAGUUGCCGUUGCCUCUGGUCUUCCUAUUGAAAGCAGACACAGAGUGCAUGAAGACUGUUCAACUAUGUCAGGGACCUCCUCCCAUGAGUCCUUCUAUGAUUCCCUCUCAGACAUGCAGGAAGAAAGCAAGAAUGCUGACUUCUUCCCAGGCCUUUCUGCUUUCCUCAGCCAGGAAGAGAUCAACAAGAGUCUUGACCUGGCCCGGAGAGCCAUAGCCGACUCCGAAACAGAAGAUUUUGACUCGGAAAAGGAGAUCUCGCAGAUUUUCAAUACUUCCCCUGCAAGUUUCCAUGAAAACCCUUCCCAUAAGACCAAAUUGGGUGAACACACCUCAGGGAGACCGCAGGAUAACAGGUCAACACCUGUCCAGCCUCUGGCAGAAGAACAAACUAAGAUUAUCUCUUCACCUGUUUCAAAGAGGAAACCUGCCAUGUCACCCCUGCUCACCAGGCCCAGCUACAUCCGGAACCUCCGAAAGGCUGAAAAGCGUGGUGUAAAAGCUCCCAACACAAACAUAAAGCCCAAAACACCACAUCAAGGAAAGGCUGGCCCCCAGAGCCAGCUGUGUGACAAGGCGGCUAAUUUAAUUGAGGAGCUGACAUCCAUAUUUAGAGAAGCCGCAAAGCCAAGAAACAGAAGCCCAAAUGGGGAGUCCUCGUCACCAGACAGUGGGUACCUGUCUCCUAAAACUCAGCCGUCAGCCCUGCUGAGUGCCUCAGCCAGCCAGAGCCCUACGGAAGACCAAGGGGAGACAGAAAGAGAGGUUAAGUCCCCUGGGGCCAGGCAUUGCUACCAGGCCAACCAGGACCUGGCAGUGCCACGCAACCGCAAGUCUCACCCACAGCCCCACAGUGCCCUCCACUUCCCAGCUGCACCUCGAUUCAUCCAAAAGCUGAGGAGCCAAGAAGUAGCAGAAGGGAGCCGAGUUUAUCUGGAGUGUAGAGUCACUGGAAACCCCACUCCUCGAGUCAGAUGGUUCUGUGAAGGGAAAGAACUGCACAACACUCCUGAUAUUCAAAUCCACUGUGAGGGUGGGGACCUCCAUACCCUGAUCAUAGCAGAGGCCUUUGAGGACGACACAGGUCGCUACACCUGUCUGGCUACGAAUCCCAGCGGCUCAGACACAACAUCUGCUGAGGUGUUCAUUGAAGGUGCCAGUUCAACAGAUUCCGACAGUGAAAGUUUAGCUUUCAAAUCAAAAGCUGGAGCUAUGCCACAAGCUCAAAAGAAAACAACUUCUGUUUCCUUGACAAUAGGAUCAUCAUCUCCAAAGACAGGGGUGACCACAGCUGUGAUUCAACCAUUAUCUGUCCCUGUGCAACAGGUUCACAGUCCAACUUCAUAUCUCUGCCGACCUGAUGGAGCCACCACUGCCUACUUUCCUCCUGUUUUUACAAAGGAACUUCAAAACACAGCUGUGGCGGAAGGCCAGGUGGUGGUUCUGGAGUGCCGGGUCCGAGGGGCACCCCCUCUGCAGGUCCAGUGGUUUCGGCAAGGGAGUGAAAUCCAAGACUCUCCAGAUUUCCGAAUUCUACAGAAAAAACCUAGAUCUACAGCUGAACCUGAGGAGAUUUGCACCCUAGUUAUCGCUGAGACUUUCCCUGAAGAUGCAGGGAUCUUUACAUGUUCAGCAAGAAAUGAUUACGGAUCAGCAACCAGCACUGCCCAGCUGGUUGUCACCUCAGCCAACACCGAAAACUGUAGUUAUGAGUCAAUGGGAGAAUCCAACAAUGAUCACUUCCAGCACUUUCCACCUCCCCCUCCAAUCUUGGAGACAAGUUCCUUGGAAUUGGCUUCAAAGAAACCAUCUGAGAUGCAGCAGGUGAACAACCCUGAGUUAGGCCUGAGCAGGCCAGCCCUUCAAAUGCAAUUCAAUUCUGCUGAGAGGGAAACGAACGGAGUCCAUCCCAGCCAUGGAGUAAAUGGCCUGAUUAACGGCAAAGCUAACAGUAAUAAAUCUCUUCCAACACCAGCUGUCCUGCUUUCACCCACUAAGGAGCCACCACCUCUGCUUGCCAAACCAAAACUGGACCCUCUGAAGAUCCAGCAACUCCAGAACCAAAUCCGACUGGAGCAGGAGGCCGGCGCCCGGCAGCCUCCGCUAGCCCCGCGCAGCGCGCCGCCCUCGCCGCCCUUCCCGCCGCCGCCCGCCUUCCCCGAGCUCGCGGCCUGCACGCCGCCGGCGUCCCCGGAGCCCAUGAGCGCGCUGGCCUCCCGCUCCGCCCCCGCCAUGCAGUCCUCCGGCUCUUUCAACUACGCGCGCCCCAAGCAGUUCAUCGCCGCGCAGAACCUCGGGCCCGCGUCGGGCCACGGCACGCCGGCCUCCAGCCCCAGCUCGUCCAGCCUCCCGUCGCCCAUGUCCCCGACGCCAAGGCAGUUUGGCCGCGCGCCCAUGCCGCCCUUCGCGCAGCCCUUCGGCGUCGAGCCCGAUGCCCCGUGGGGCUCCUCCUCGCCGUCUCCCCCCCCACCGCCGCCCCCGGUCUUCAGCCCCACGGCUGCCUUCCCGGUGCCCGACGUGUUCCCACUGCCGCCGCCACCACCGCCGCUCCCGAGCCCGGGGCAGGCGUCCCACUGCUCUCCCGCCACCCGCUUCGGCCACAGCCAGACGCCUGCGGCCUUCCUCAGCGCCCUGUUGCCCUCGCAGCCGCCGGCGGCGGCCGUCAACGCCCUGGGGCUGCCCAAGGGUGUCACCCCCGCAGGAUUUCCAAAGAAGGCCAGUAGAACUGCUAGAAUAGCCUCUGAUGAGGAAAUUCAAGGCACAAAGGAUGCUGUUAUUCAAGAUCUGGAACGAAAACUUCGCUUCAAGGAGGACCUCCUGAACAACGGCCAGCCGAGGUUAACAUACGAAGAAAGAAUGGCUCGCCGACUACUAGGUGCUGACAGUGCAACUGUCUUUAAUAUUCAGGAGCCAGAAGAGGAAACAGCUAAUCAGGACAUUGGUUCUCCUCAUGCUUCUGUAGGGAGUCCUCUGGAUGGUCAAAAGGAAUACAAAGUCUCCAGCUGUGAACAGAGACUCAUCAGUGAAAUAGAGUAUAGGCUAGAAAGGUCUCCUGUGGAUGAAUCAGGUGAUGAAGUUCAGUAUGGAGAUGUGUCUGUGGAAAAUGGAAUGGCACCAUUCUUUGAGAUGAAGCUGAAACAUUACAAGAUCUUUGAGGGAAUGCCAGUAACUUUCACAUGUAGAGUGGCUGGAAAUCCAAAGCCAAAGAUCUACUGGUUUAAAGAUGGGAAGCAGAUCUCUCCAAAGAGUGAUCACUACACCAUUCAAAGAGAUCUCGAUGGGACCUGCUCCCUCUAUACCACAGCCUCCACCCUAGAUGACGAUGGGAAUUAUACAAUUAUGGCUGCAAACCCUCAGGGCCGCAUCAGUUGUACUGGACGGCUAAUGGUACAGGCUGUCAACCAAAGAGGUCGAAGUCCCCGGUCUCCCUCAGGCCAUCCUCAUGUCAGAAGGCCUCGUUCUAGAUCAAGGGACAGUGGAGACGAAAAUGAACCAAUUCAGGAGCGAUUCUUCAGACCUCACUUCUUGCAGGCUCCUGGAGAUCUGACUGUUCAAGAAGGAAAACUCUGCAGAAUGGACUGCAAAGUCAGUGGGUUACCAACCCCAGAUCUAAGCUGGCAACUGGAUGGCAAGCCCAUACGCCCUGACAGUGCUCACAAGAUGCUGGUGCGUGAGAACGGGGUGCACUCUCUGAUCAUAGAGCCAGUCACGUCACGUGAUGCCGGCAUCUACACAUGUAUAGCCACCAACCGAGCAGGACAGAACUCAUUCAGCCUGGAGCUUGUGGUUGCUGCUAAAGAAGCACACAAACCCCCUGUGUUUAUUGAGAAGCUCCAAAACACAGGAGUUGCUGAUGGGUACCCAGUACGGCUGGAAUGUCGUGUAUUGGGAGUGCCACCACCUCAGAUAUUUUGGAAGAAAGAAAAUGAAUCACUCACUCACAGCACUGACCGAGUGAGCAUGCACCAGGACAACCAUGGCUACAUCUGCCUGCUCAUUCAGGGAGCCACAAAAGAAGAUGCUGGGUGGUAUACUGUGUCAGCCAAGAAUGAAGCAGGGAUUGUGUCCUGUACUGCCAGGCUGGACGUUUACAUUUCUCGACAUUAAUAGCGAACCACACCAGGAAAACAAAUACCCAACCCAGUGGCAUCAGCAGUCACAGAGCACCAAGCCAAAAAAAGUGCGGCCCUCAGCCAGUCGCUAUGCAGCACUUUCGGACCAGGGACUAGACAUCAAAGCAGCGUUCCAACCUGAAGCCAACCCAUCUCACCUGACACUGAAUACUGCCUUGGUAGAAAGUGAGGACCUGUAAUCCGGCAUUCUUGUUAAAGCUGAAACACUGAAACAGCCAUUGCCUUGACCAACAUAUUCCUUUGUCACAUUAUGUAAAAGGCAGAAACAUAUCUUUGACUAUAAGAAAUAAAAAAAAAAAAAACACCAAAAUAAUAUUUUUCUUACUUGAUAUACCAAACUUAGAGUUCAAGUAGAUAAUGCUAAUAUAAAUAUACACAUUGCACAGAAAAUUCACAUUUACUGUCCAAUUUAAAACUUUGGAAUUGCUUUGAUUAAAGUGAUCUAAAAUGCCAAAAUACUAAAGGAAAUCAAUUAUUCACAGGUAACUACAAUUUGUAUUAUCUACAAGUGCCUUUAAACACAAGAUAUAGGUGCUGUGUAGCCUGAUAGUGUGAAAUGUUUAAUGAGGCAGUUGUACCACAAACAAUACUACAAUGAUUCUGAAGCACAGUGUAUUCAGACAGAUAAGUGAACCAAGUGCAAUAUGUAAGGAUGAAAAAAGAAGAAAUGACAAAGAAAUCCAAGUAAAUGCCUUGUCUUUGCAAAUGUUUUUAUAUUAAAUCAUAAGGAAGGAACUACUUGCCUUAAAUUUUAUUAAUAUCAAAAGAGUUUUCUAACAAGGUUAAUACCUUAGUUCUUAACUUUUUUUUUUCUUUAUGUGUUGUGUUUUCAUGCUACCUUGGUAGGAAACUUAUUUACAAACCAUAUUAAAAGGCUAAUUUAAAUAUAAAUAAUAUAAAGUGCUCUGAAUAAAGCAGAAAUAUAUUACAGUUCAUUCCACAAAAAGUAUCCAAACGACCCAAAUGACCAAGGCAUAUAUAGUAUUUGGAGGAAUCAGAGGUUUGGAAGGAGUAGGGAGGAGAAUGAAGGAAAAUGCAACCAGCACAAUUAUAGUGUGUUCAUUUAGAUAAAAGUUAAAGGCGCAGGAGAGGUAGCAAAGGCCAGGCUUUUCUUUGGUUUUCUUCAAACAUAAGUGAAAAAAGCACUGCCAUUCACAAGUCAAGGAACCUAGGGCCAGCUGGAAGUGUGGAGUACAUAUGCGGUGGAAUUGCAGUGUGUCUGAAGUUUGUGUAGUAGUGGAGGAUUUUAGGUAUGUAGAGCAAGUUGAAAAUGGAUUGAGACUGCAUGGUGGCAUAAAUGAGAAAUUGCCUGUAGGAUCUAGUCUACUUGAAGGAAGUGGAGACAUAAGGAGAGACAAAAACAGGUUUGUGCCAUAAAGUAUUUUUUCAAAGGCACCAAGAUGUGGUGAAUGAAAAUUAUUAGUUCACUUCCCGGCUGCCAUGAAACUGCCUUAAGAAGGUGCUGGAUUCCAAGGUUUAUAAAGGCAUCUCGGUAAAGACUGCUUUUUGAAUGCAUAUGAUUUUGCAUCGGCUAGACUGAGUUGAUUCAGCUAGACUGAGUUGAUUCUGACCAGACUUGAUGGUUUUAAGUCGGAACCAAUAAAUUUUAAAAGGAGAAAAUAUAAUUUGACCUAGUAGUAUAAAAUAUGAGGCUUUAAUGGUACUUUGCUAUGAAAAGAAAACACUGUAUUCCUUAUGCAAAACACAUGUAUCUUUCAUUAUUUAUAAUAAGUGGCCUCUCUUAGCUCAGUUACUCAAUUCAUACGUAGUAUUUUUUAAAGUAAUUUUAUAUCUGUGUACCACCACAUAUAUUUCAUAUUACUGUUUCACAUGUACAGCUUUCUACUUCUUUGUAAGAACACCAACCAACCAAGGUUUAAGUGAUUAAUAGGCUUGAGCACCAGGUGGCAGAUGUUCUAUGCAGUGUGGUUCAAGUUUCUUUAACCACACUUCAAUGCAUUGCUAAUACGGAAUUUAAGAUACCAUACAGUCUCUCAUGGACCUAUCUCUAUUGUAGAAUUAUGACUUACGUCUUACUUGCCAAAUUGUUCUGAAUGUGACUUUUUUUGCUGAUUUGCUGGGUUUGGGAUUAACUAGCAUUAUUUUGCCACCUUUAUAUUGUAUUUAUAAAAAAAAAAGUACUAUCAUACUACUUUGGAUUGUUGUGCUGGUGUAAUGUGGAUUUAACAUCAAUAAAUAUUUGACAAAUAAUA